AGGUGGCAAACAAGAAACCUCUUGCUCUCAGUUUUCAUCCUCAUUUAAGGAGCUGCAGCAGUGAUAGAAGAAUUACAGACACACUCAUUCACACAGCUUCUGAACGCAUCCCUUCUUCAUCAUCUUCAUCAUCAUCACUGCUUCUUCUAGAAAAAGAGCUUUGAUGCAAGUCCUGUGAGGAUGUUUAUCAUGGCCUACAUUCCCUUUGAAUGAAAGGCAGCCGUCUGGGGAGCUGAAGUGUUUCCAUGACAUUACAGCAUCACUGCCUCCUGUAAGAGAACGAGGACGGGCCUUUCAAAACUCACAGAGAUGGCUGAGGUGGAGCAGCUCUCCACUCCCCGCGACAUCGAGAUCAGCGACGUGAGCUGCGACUCUUUCCGGAUCCGGUGGGACAUGGCCCUCGAGGACGCGUCUCGGCUGACGCAUUACUUCAUCGACCUGAGCCGCAAACAGGGCGGCGAGCAGAACCGCUUCAAGCACAGGGACGUCCCCACCAAGCUGGUGGCAAAAGCAGGACCUCUGCCGAUGGCUGUGAGGGGCCACUGGUUCCUGAGUCCUCGAACAGAGUACUGCGUGGCUGUCCAGACCGCCAUCAGACAGCCGGACGGAGACUAUCAGGUGUCUGAAUGGAGCCAGGUAGUGGAGUUCUGCACUGGAGAUUACGCCAUGGAGCAUCUCCAGCAGCUGUUGGAUAAAGCUCAGGCCGCCGCUGGGAGGCUGCUCAGGUUCUCCGUCUUCUACCGCAAUCAGAGUCCUGAGUACUUCCAUUACGUCAGGUCAGAGUGUGGAGGUGCCAUGCUCCCGUCUUUCAAAGACAACAGCGGGAGUCACGGCUCGCCGAUCAACGGAAAGCUCCGCGGCGUCUUCCUCAGCUGCAACACAGAGUUCGACACGGGCCUCCCUCCCAAAGACUCCCCGUACGGCCCUCUGCGCUUCCAAAUUUCCGCCGACCGUCUCCUCGGCCCGAGCACAAACCUCUACUUUGCUGACUUCUACUGCAUGUACACAGCGUACCAUUACGUGGUGCUGGUGCUGGCCCCUGCCGGAUCGGAGGGGGACAGCUUUUGCAGCAGCCGCCUUCCACGACUGGACCUGUCAAGCAAUCCCUUCCUGACGUACACGCCGGGAGACGCGGCAGUCUUCUGUCACGCCAGCGACGUCAUCCUGGAGCUGCUGCACACUGAGCCCUUGCUUCUGGAGCACGGCAUACUCGCUCAGAUCAGCGGCCGUCACCAGCUCAUGAGUCUCUCCACUGCAAACGCCAAAAAAGACCCCAGCUGUAAGGUGUGCAAUAUCAGCGUGGGCCGCUGAGCUGUGGCUGCUCUCACCGGAAGAGCAACCGGAAAACCAGACCAUGAGGACCGAUGUCUGGAAAGGGAGCCAAAGCUCUAACGAGAAUCUGAAUAUAUAUUCACAAUUAAAAAGAGGUAUUUGGAAUUCGAAAAUAAGCCAAAGGCAUUGCACAAAAUGCAUAUAGAUGAAUGAGGUCGUGGUAGUCUGGCUACUAGUCUGACCACUUGUUAUGAAAUCAAGCCAUAUGAUCUGUGAGACACCUAUUUAGAUCUUGAAGCGCCCCUAUUAUGGGUUCAUAUUUUGGUAUUAGGAGUCAUAAACAACAUGCAUGCAAGGUCAAAAAACACUUUCAUUUUCAUUUUAUUACCCUAACGACUCUUAAACGAUUCACUUAGUCAUCUCUCCAACCCCCCUGGUGAUCGGUCGCUUACAUUUAAAGCGGUGUUUGUACGCUUGCAUCCCAAAAGCUUCACCUAGUGACAAAGAAUGAAUUAGCAUUUUCGAAUAAAGAUCAACAAGUGGGCGGCUAAUAUGCUAAUGUUUCAUUUUGAGGUCAAAGAGAAACGGCUUGGGACUCUUUCUUUCGAGAGACGAUAAACUGUUCAUUCACUAAGAGCUGUGCUACACACCGCACAAAAGCUUAUUUUUUUAAAAAUCCACAAUAGGGGCGCUUUAAAGAGACGGUUCACCCAAAAGUGUUUCAUCAUUUACUCGCUGUCUGUUAAAACCUAAAUGCGGUCCACGAGACUAGCGAUGCAUUUCGAAAGUCUUCUGAAGCCAUGAUGUGAUAACUUGUCCGAGUCCACUUCUUUAAAGACUAAUCAAGGUGACAUUAUUGAAUUAUGUAACCGAUUCUAUUUAUUUUUUUAUGAAGUCAUUUGGGUUGUUACCUGUAAUUAAUUUCGUGAGUCGUUGUGUGUGUAUAUAUGCAUAAACGUGUUACAGUUGUCUGUACAGAAUGCUUCAACAUAGAAUAAAACCCUUCUGAGAGUUUCUGCA